AUGCUCUUAGUUUUAAUAACCCUGCUCAUCGUAACUGCAAGGGUUGCUGAAACCAGCUAUUUAAGCGAACGAUUCGCCGUUCUCUCUUCGCCGCAUGUGUUCUCCAAGUCCCUUCUGUCGUAUUUAUCCCAGAAACGCGACUUAUCGCACCGUUGCCGGGAUGAGUUGAAGGAUUUCGCAACGAGCCUUCAAUCAGGGAGGCAAUGGGCGCUCAACAUGUACGACGCAAAUGGGAAGUUACCCGCUGGUGCAAUGGAAGGAAAUUUGAUUGAGUUGGGGUCAUUUGAUGAGUGCUUGCGAAUUGCGCGUACCAACAACCAUGGCUUAACUGGAAAGUACUGUUUGGGAUCGCUGUACGUUCCAAGUCGAUAUGUCAAUAAUGUAACCAUAAGGCUGGUGUAUUGGACUUUAGACACCAACAAAAUGGAAUUCGGGGUUUGCUUUCCGGAUUCGUGUUUGGCCGUCGAUUUUGAAAGGAUCGCGAAAGGAAUGGGACUAAACAUGACGUUAACGGAAGGAGCCUGCCAGACGAGGGAAACCCGACCUAGGAUUACAGCGGGGGCCUACGUAACUCUAGCACUUGCGUGCGCUCUUCUACUUCUGAUUGUCGCCUCGACGAUAUACGAGCUCUGUUUGAAAGCCGACUCGCAUUGGGCGCUAAAGUCAUUUUCGCUGUGGACGAAUGGAAAACUAAUUUUUAGAGUUAGCAAAUCCAGCGCUAGUGAUAUUGCGUGCUUGAAUGGCAUUCGAGUAAUUGCUAUGACCAUGGUAAUCUUAGUGCACACCGGCACAUUUCACCUUGGAAAAGCCACCAGAAAUUCCUACUAUUUCUCUUCAUACUGGAUACAUCAAUCAAUAGAUGGACCCUUAUUGACAUUACCCUUUGGAGUCGACUUAUUUUUUCUAAUUUCUGGAUGCUUGGUUGCAUACAAUUUUUUACGAAGAAAGCUUAAAAGUGAGGAAUUCAACAUUCCCUCGUACUACAUCGAAAGGUACCUGAGGCUUACACCGGCAGUCUUGGCUGUUAUGUUGUUUACACUAACAUGGUUUGGCUAUAUUGGAUCUGGGCCGUUAUGGUAUCGGACGGAUGACGUUAUUGGACCGUGCCAAACACAUUGGUGGUCAUGCCUGCUAUACAUUCAAAAUUAUCAAUCAGCUAUAUGCAUUCCACAGUCUUGGUACCUUUCGGUGGAUUUCCAGAUGUAUGUACUCUCUCCUUUGCUGCUACUCCCUCUAGCGCGAUGGAGAAGAGAAACUAUGGUGGCCACGGUCGCUUUGGUUCUAAUUUCCAUGGCAACCACAUUCGUAAUGGCUUGGACAUAUAAAUUGUGCGCCGAAGAUCAAUGCGGAGACGAAGCAACUUUCGCAAAACACUUCUACACCUUUCUACCUACAAGGGCCUCGUCAUGGUUGAUGGGAUUUUUACUGGGUUGCCUCAUGUUCAAGGUGAAAGAGGAAGAACUACCUAUCAUGGAAAAGAGGAUAGCGAUACCGCUUAUGAUCUUAGCAUUACUUGUCUACGUCGCGACCACUUUUGGAGGUAGUCACGUGGUUAUUUCGGAGUAUGACAGAUAUGAGAACACGUUUUCUUUGACAUUACUUCGACCGACAAUGCUACUGUCAGUUGGAUGUAUAAUAUACCUUUGCGAAAUUGGACGCGGAGGCAUUGUCACCAGUUUUCUAACAAAUCCAGUAUUCGUGGUAGUUUCAAGGCUAACUUACAGCACAUAUCUGGUGCACUUCCACGUAAUGGAGUACCAUAUGGAUACCGCUCGAGUUGGUUCGUACAUUAGCAACUACACGCUCUUGGUUAACGACUUCGCCGGUAUACUUCUCCUUUCGCUUCUUCUAGGUUUGGUCCUGUCUUUGUCAGUAGAACUACCUGCGCAACAUUUCGUCAGUUUUCUAAUAAAAGGAUCAAGAAAGAAGCCUUUAGUUAAAUGAUAACGAUUGUAAAAUUAAUAAUUAU